UCCGGUAUCAGCGACACUUCCGGUUUAUAUUUACGUUGUCCCAUUGAGCUUUAAGCAGUUGUAUUGAACGGGACCGAAGCGAUAUGAAUACUAAUAUAACUGCUAUUAGUAGUUAUCAGGUAUGAACAGAAAACGGGCUCUGAUUUCAGACACUUUCAUGGUGAAGAAAAGAAGACAUGAGACUACAAAGUUUGGGGAUAUCAGUGAUGGAGAUGGACCAACUGACAUCAGAUCCAGCCUUAAGUACCUCAUGACACUGUUCCCCAGGAAGCUCUUCAAUGACGCCUUGCCUCAAAUUGUUCUUAAGCACCAACUCUACAGCAUACACAAUGACAAGACUUUGGUGGACAAGGAGCUGAAUAAGCUGCGGGAACGAGGAGAGCUGCUGAUGUUCCAGCUCGGGUUCGAUGCAGACGCUUUCGGGCUGGUUUUUGCUUCCGAUUACAAGGCCAAAGUGCUGGCAGGAGAGGAGGGCAGAGCGACACGGGCAACAGUGGAGAAGUUCUUGGAGAAAUUGUUGUCACCUUGCACAGAGCUGAGCUUCAGCAAAGAAAGGAUGCUCAAGGAGUUCCUUUUCACAGACUCUGAGAUAACGCAGCUGGUGAAGUCAGGGGUCCUGACAGUGAGGGACGCAGGCAGCUGGUGGCUUUCCAUUCCCAACUCUGGCAAAUUCACCAAAUACUUAAUACAAGGUCGUAAAGCAGUGCUCGGCAUGGUGAAGAAGUCCAAAUAUAGUGAAGUCUUAAAGGCAGAGCUGGAGGAGCGGAAAACAACCACACAUGUGAAAUUCCACAUGAAAUACCACAUCAGUGAUAUUGUUGGUGCAGAGCUGGUAGAAAGCAUACCUACAACGUCUGGGACAUUGUUGCGAUUUGCUGAGUCCUGAGCCACAGCAACAAGACUGAAACCAGUGUUUGGUCGAAGCAAAUGAGCGAAUGAAAGAUGAUAAGAUUUACAAAGACUGUAAAAAUGUUUUUGUUUGAAGACUGAUGGUAAAUUAAUUUAAGAUUUCAGAGUUUGAAAUAGUGCCAAAUGCAGUAUAAAAACCUUGUGGGUUUAUGAAUUUUCAGUUAUGUUGACAUGACCUUGUCAGGUGUUCAUUUAUCUUGUAAUAAAAAUGAUUUCAGAUGUUUCCUUC